AUGGAAAUCACCGUUUUGGGCAUACAAGACCGUGACGCCACCCCGACUCUUGAGAAGAGACAAGAGAAACGGCACGGCACAGGACGGAACAUUUACCUCGGAGCUCUGCUCAAGUCUAACCUGAGACUAAACUUUGUGCUUGCUUCCUCGGAAUGGCAAAAGUCCAUGUUUAGAAUACGCAUGUGGUCGUAUGAGAUUGUGUCAAGCUGUCAUUGCGAGACAUGGGCCAUAUGUCAAGGUGGACAACUGACGUCUUUCGGCAGGACGAAAGUAAGCUACGCGGUGAACAUUAUCAUCGGUAUCAGUAUAAGCGCUGGACCGAUAUCAGAUAUCCUCUCCCUUGUCUGUGGGUUUAACCAUACACUCACAGUACAGCAACGUACACACCCUGGUCGAAAUUGGACAAGGGUCUAUGCAGGGUUUUGGAAUGUCAUCGACCAUGUAAGCGUAUGGGGUAAAAUGAAACCAGAGGAUUUUCAUCGUCGGGCCCGCCUGCUAGUCAAAAGAUAG